AUGGUGGUGAAGACGGAGCGCAGUGUCUCGACAACUUCCAGCAGCAGCAACUCGUUUGCUGAUGCCUCCGGGGAAACAGCAAAAAUGCAGACGUCUCCUACUCCCAACCCCACAGCCACUUCUCCUUCUACCUGCAACGCCUCAGCUGCAGCAGCAGCAGCAGCAACAACAACAGCAGCAGAAGCAGAUGCAGAUGCAGCACCAACACCACCAGACGUCGAACAGCAGUCACCGAGCAAGAUGGAUCGGCAGCACGAGCAUCAGCAGCAGCAGCACGAGAAGUAG